GGUCCGGUUCUAAUCAGUUCUUAUGGUACGUAACUCUUCACGCUACCAGGAAAACGUCCUUGGCCGAAUCCUGGAAGAUUCUGCAACAACUUGAACACUUUUUUAAAAAAGUGACAAAAACGAGAACAGACAGUGACUUACUCAAAGAUUUCCACUUCAGACAAACAAACUGAAGGUAUAUAAAGUCUGUGUUUCCAUCUCUGAGACAUCCUGUGAGCAGAAACUGCUGCUGGAACAGACUCUUCAACUAAUCAUCAAAACAAGAUGGCUGCAGGUCUUGUCUUCACUCUGCUUCUUGGUCUGAGCUUUGGACUCUGGGAUGGAGCUGAUGCAUAUCAAAUGGAAGUUGCCGACUGUAACGAGUGUUCUCCUGGUUGGGCUUGGUGUGACGGUCGAUGUUUCCUGUAUGUAAAAAAAAAAAUGACAUGGGCUAAAGCUGAGAGAUUCUGCCUCUCAUUGGAUGGACAUCUGGCCUCAUUGACCAGUACAAAUGACUACAACUUCAUCAGAGAGUAUAUCUACAAUACAACUAAACAACACACAGAAACUUGGGUUGGAGGUCAUGAUUCAGUAGAGCAUGACUACUGGAUGUGGAGUGAUGGUUCCAGGUUUGUGUUUCAUAACUGGGGCCUCAGUGAGCCAAACAACUUUGGUGGAAACGAAAAAUGCAUGAACAUCAAUGUGGAAGGAAACGACCAUGUGAAUGAUGAUACCUGUUCCAAGAAGUUUUCCUUCGUCUGUGCCAAACCCCUGUAACCUUCUUAUACCUUUUAAUCUGAAAUGCCCAUAUGGCUUUCCUGCUGGUGAUGUCACUUCCACCUGGAUGUCAAGCCUCGAUGACAUCACUGCUGGAAGAACCUGAAUUCACUUCAUUUAAAUAAAUAUUUUCUUUCUCUGAAA